CAAUUGCAUGCUUGGGAAAUUUUGACCUGUCGUUCGACAUCAGCUUAAGCUUCAUGGUAGCAACACCAAACCACGAGCCGCGAUCGUCAUAUCGAGUCACCAAACAGUUUCUACACCGAUAACACCGAUCCAGCUACUAUCCCUUCAAAAUGUCAGCAAAACAAUCGAUGCAACUAUUCCGGGCUCUGCGCAUGUCGCAGCCUACUCUUCGUCAGCCCAUCAACCGAGUCUCUGUCUGCCGAUUCUACUCAACAUCUACCGAAGAUGCACCCCCUCCUCUGCUGUCCAAGCUCAAGGCCGAUCUCAAGACCGCCAUGCGUGCCAAGGAUACUCCUCGCCUGACCGUUCUCCGAGCUAUCAUGUCCGCCAACCUCAACGCUUCCAAGACCUCAACUCCCAUCAAGACAGAUGUCCAGCUCGUUGCUUUGAUCCGCAAGAUCCAAAAGAGCUCUCAGGAUGCUGCCGCUGAGGCCAAGGCUGCCAACCGUGAGGAUCUUGUUCAAAAGGAGGAGGAUCAGAUCAAGGUGCUGAAUGAGUACCUUGCCGACAGCGGAGUCGAGAGCUUGACCGAGGCUCAGCUCAAGGCUAUGGUGCAGGAUGCUGUUGAGGCUUCAAAGGCUGCUGGCACCCAAGCCAAGUCCAUCAUGGGCGAUGUCAUGAAGCGAUUGUCUGGUGCUCUCGAGGGCAAGGAUGUCGACAGAAAGGAGUUGGCCAAGAUGGUCAAGGAGCUCACUGGCUAAAGGAUUGGAUGCAUGUCUAAGUGCAUGGUGUAAAAUAUGUAUACUACAGUGUGGACUGGCAUUAUGAUUGUCAUGAAAUCAAUGAAAUACCUACCUCUUGCGCGCGAA